GGGCGGGCUCGGCCCGGCGCCGGGUAGUUAGCUGGCGCGGAGGGCGGGGGUCGCGACCUCAGAGGCGGCUCCUGGCCGGGACCCCCGCCUGCGCGCGCCCGCGUUCCUCGAAGCCGGCCGGGCGCGGGGCCCAGGUGAGGCGCAGGUGAGGGCCCGCGGCGGGACAGCUUCCGGCGCGGCCGAGGGCCCGGGGCCCGGCCCUCCCGCUGAGAUCGUGCCCUGCGCCCCGCCCCGUGCAGCUUCCCGGAGGGUCACCGGGCCCCUCGCCCCCAAGCCCACCGAGCCCAGAAUAUAACCCGGGCGCAGCCCUGCGUGGAGGCCCGACCCCUUCCUGCCAGAGAAGCGGGUCACCUCUCCGGGCACCGGGAUCCUUCCUGGCAGAGGCUGCGCUGGGAGUGAGCGCCCCCAGGCCGGGAGCAGAGGGCAGGGCAGGGUCAGCCGGGAGGGUCUCGCCUGGCCUCCGGCCCCCUAGGCACUGGCAGUGGCCCUGCAGCUUUGCUGGGGAGCCGUCCUUGCCGUAUUGUAAAGUCUCAUCUUCCGCGGGCCAGGGCCGGAAUUCCAGCGCACGCCCACUUCAGGCUGGCCCUCCAGAGAGGGCCCUCCUUCUGGGCCUUGUAUCCCGACCCUCACCUCCCUAAUCCUGGGGAAAGUCCAGCCUGGGAGGGAAGGGCAGGAGCUGCUCAGCAUUAAUGGCGAAGCCACAUCGCGUGCGGGGAGCCGGACUUGGCCAGGGGAUGAGCGUUAGCGAGGUUCUGUCCUCCUGGAGGUUGGUGUCUAGACUGAGAAGAGAACCCAGGUGCCCUCCUCCACUGUUCAAAUUCUAGCACCACAUGGCUUUGGGGCGCAGGGCUGGGUGUCCUCACAGCCACCCUCCAGACCUGGUCCCCGGGUUCUCGAGGAGCAGGGUGGCAGUUUGGCAAAGCGAAAGCCCCCAGGCUUCAGCCCACAGUCUCUCCAAGUACAGUGUCGGGGAGUUUUCCAGAAUGAUUCAUCUCAUUGUGGGUGAUUGUCUUAAAGCCACAAGCUGUCGCUGGAGACGCUGUCUGAAUUUUUAACCUUUCUUGCGCUAGGUAAUUUGACAGUUCAGAAAACUGCCCACUAGGAGUCCGAGCUCUCCAUAGUCAUUUAAGAGCUGUGAACAUGGUCAAGGUGAUGGGUAGAGAGCAGCGCUUUUCCUUCCGCCCACUCUGCUACCUGGAGUGGAAACCACUGCAGCUUGGGUUCAUCCUUGGGCCCACUUUUCAGAUAGCAGUGCUGUUUAAAAAGUUAAUAUUCUUUAUUUAGACUCUUCCCAGUUCAAGGCCUAUGCAAAUGUCUCGUAAUCGCUGUCAUUUUGCCAAGGCAGCUUGAAUGAUGACCACAGCAAGGUGGGCGCAGCCCAGGGAAAGAGCCCUCCGCCUCCCCACUGUUGCUCCCCACUGCCCUUGGGAGGGAAUCUCCCUGGAGGGUGGUGCUGUGGGAGGGAUCGUGGACUGUUAUGGGUGCUCACAUCUGAGGACUGAUGAAUAGCCUCCCAUGUUCCCUGCCGUCACCAUCCUACAGGAUCAGACCGAUGGCCCAGGAGAGUUGGGAAUUAGUUGUGGUUAACUGUAUUUGGCCUCAGGUCAAAAGUCCGUUUAAAAAGUGGGCACCAGAUGCUACAGCGUAGAGGUGGGGGGACGAAGACCCAAUCCCUGAACCGUUCUGCAAACGUCACGCCGGACCUGGACUUGAAGAGAAUCGCAGGAGCUGCUGAUUCGCGUCAAGGUUGGACCUACCCACGACGUCUCACUGAACCUGGAUUCAUACUAGUUGUUCUUUUCCACCUGCAGAGGAGCACUGAGUCUUUAUCUCAUUGGCACCUCCUGACAACUUUUGGAGGUAAAUAAAACCUCUGUUCCUGUCCCGGAGAAGAUGGACAGAGGGACGGGGAAAGGACACUCGUGUGAGCUUCCGCGAGCUCGCUGCGGGUGGCUCGGAAGCGUUUUCUCAUGAAGCUUCGUGGCCGUCUUGCAUCUACAGCCAAGGGAGAUGCGACCCGGGAGGCGUGAGUGACUUGCCCUGGGACCCGCGGCCGGCUGGACCCUCACCAGGCCCACCGCUUCUCCGUGACGUGACCUAGGGCGCCAUCCCGGCGUGCCUUCUCCUCCAGGAUGUGAAGCAGGCAGAGAAGCAAAGUGCCGCCUCUCUGCGCGUCCCGUCGGCUAGGAUGUAUCUCAUGAAUGCGCCUCCUGUGCUCGCCCUGCCGUCCAAAUGGGAGGCCUUUGGCCCACCCGGGAGCUGUAGGUUUCCCGGAUGCUUCUCGGAGCCGAAGGAGGGCGUCCCGAGAGCGGCGGUGAGCGCCAAGGUGCAGGCGGUCAUCAGCACGCUUCAGGGGGACGGGGCCGCCCUGGGCAUGAGUGGCGAGCAUGGCCGGCAGAGAAGCCAGAGAGCGGAGAGGGGCCGCGGCACCAGGCUGGCUACCAGCCCCACCUUUGCCGCCUGUGGUCUUGCUGUUGGUUUUGACCCCAAGGGGGAGGAGGAGGCCGCGGACCUUGGCCCCCUGGUGCUGGAUUCGGACAGUGAUGAUUCCGUGGACCGCGACAUUGAGGAAGCCAUCCAGGAGUACCUGAAGGCCAAGAGCGGGGCCGCCCGGCCUCCCGCAGCCGGUCGAUGCAAACCAGAGCCGCCUCCGAGCGGCACCCCGACCGCCCUGUGCCCCCCAGACCUUGCAGCUGGCCCCACUGGUGUCCCCGGCAGCCACAGGGGAGUCGGCCAGGACCAGGGCUCUGCCUCGCCGCUCAGCGUGAGCAGUGAGGACUCCUUCGAACAGAGCAUCCGGGCGGAGAUCGAACAGUUCCUAAGUGAGAAGAGGCAGCACGAAACCCAAAAAUGCGAUGUUCCUGCAGACAAAAAACCAGACCCCGCUGACAGCUUGGCCCAGUCGGCGUCUAGAUCCAGCAGAGAGCCGACGGGCAAGGCGUACCAGCAGGAGCUGGUGGGCACCUGUAAGGAGUUCACCUUCCGGAAGCCUCCCAGGUCCACAAAGGCUGGCGCGCUGCCCAGAGGCCCCAGGUGCAAGGUCACCGUUGAGCCCGCCGCGGCUGCGGGCCGCCCUGCAGAAGCAGCCCCUGGUAAAGUCGGGGUCAGGAGGGGCACCGGCUCAGGGAAGAGGGGAAGGCGAGCCAGGAGCGCGGCCCUGGUGCCUGAGGCGGCCGACUCAAGCAGCGAUGAUGGCAUCGAGGAGGCCAUCCAGCUGUACCAGCUGGAGAAGAGGAAGGAGGCAGGCGGCGAGCCGCCGCAGAGGGCCCUGCCCACGGAGGAGAAGGGCCCCGGGCCCCCUGCACACAGCACGGGCCUCUGCACCAAGAGCACCUGGCUCGAAGGCCACGGGAAGACCCCGGGCAAGAAGAAGCCGGUGGCCACCAAGGCCGCGGACUUCAGCCCGGGUGGCCCGGACCCCGACCACCCCUCCAGGCCUCCCAGGGAAACCGUGGCUCCUGCACCUCCAGGAAGUACAGCUGCCGAAAGCAAGUCUGUGGACGGGUCCCCGUGCCGCGCAGACACAUCCGCGGAGCUGAUGUGCGCUGAAGCGAUCCUGGACAUUUCCAAAACGAUCCUGCCGGGUCCCCUGGAGGGCAGCACCAGAUCCCCGCCCACCAGCCCACUCCUGUAUCCCCACGACGUGCCUUCCUGCUCCGACGGUGACAGCAGCUCUGUGGACAGCGACGACAGCAUCGAACAGGAAAUCCGGACGUUCUUGGCUCUGAAGGCGCAGUCAGGGGGGCUGCUGCCCAGGACGGAGACGUGCCCGCCACCGGCACACAGCCCGCUGCUGCCGUCCGGCCUCAGCGCCUCGGCCUCCAAAACGCCGGACCUGUCACUGAGCUGCAAGAGGAAACGCGGAGCAGGCAGCACCGCCGUGCGGCCGUGCACGCCCAAGAGGACCAGAGACACGGCCGAGGCGCAGGAGGGCGCCCGGGACGCCGACCGCAGCCAGGGGAGAGUGCAGCCCAGCCAGGGGAAAGCCAGCGAGGCCCCGGGAAGGGAGGGUGAGACCUGGGGCCAGCCUCUCCCCUGCAGGACGGGCGUGCUGGGUGAUGAGCACGGGGCCCCGGUCACGCAGGGUACCGUGUUGCCAGGCCCCGGGAAGGCGGCCGAGGCGAGGCGCGUGGAUGAGAAGGAGAGCUCCGAGGACAAGAGCAGCUCGCUGGACAGUGACGAGGACCUGGACACGGCCAUCAAGGACCUGCUGCGGUCCAAGCGGAGGCUCCGGAAGAGGUGCAAAGACCCCAGAGCCGGCUGCAAGAAGAGGGUCAGGUUCAGCACCACGGAGACACAGUUCCUGGAUAAAGUAGGGGGCUUCCCGAAAGACUGGAAAGACCGAAGCCCACAUCUGCUGAAAAGCUGCCUCUCAAAGUCCAGAAAAGAGAGCCCGGGGAGACCCUCGCACGUCCUCUGCCGAGAAGCGGUGAGAGCAAAGCCAGACGGCAUGGCAGCCGAGGACGCGCCCCCGGCUCCCCGGUCCAGGGGCCAAGCCGCAGGAAGGAGCCUGUUCUCUGGUGAAUCGGAAGCCCGUGAACUUCGUGGUCCGGCCCCAAGCCCCAGUUCCCUGUCUGAUGACAGCAGCUCUGUAGACAGCGAUGACAGCAUUGAACUGGAGAUUAGGAAGUUUUUGGCCGAAAAGGCCAAGGAGUCCGUGAGCGGAUCAGAAAUUCAAGGAGGGGGCCCCACCGCUCUCGGGACGGGGAAUGGGGGCAAGCCAGAGCUGCUGUGCCGGAAAGUGCUACCUCCCGGCCCGGCCCUUCAGCCUGGCAUGUGCACCCGGAGCCAGAGGUGCAGGGGGCCCUUGCAGCCGGCCGAGGGACCGAGGGGCCCGGGCAGAGCCUUCGCUCCGGCCGGGAGGAGCAGCCCCCGCGCCGAGCAGGCCUGCAGCCCUGCAGCCCUGGCCAGAUGCGAACUGGUGCCGCCCAGGAGCGCCAGCGGGACCGCGUCUGCCAAAGGGUCACCAGCCAGUAGGAGAACCGCCUAUGCGCCCAAAGAUAAGAGCCCGAGGGGGGCCGAGGCUGCCGCGGGGGAAAGCGCAUUGGCUCAGCUCCCGAGCUGCGUGGAGGCUGGCGCUCGGGCAGACAGCCGGAGCUCACUGGCACGGACCCCAGGCGCCGAGCGAGAGGGGAGGCCCCGGGCCGGCCUCGCCCUGCCCUGGACUGACUUCUCCCCCCAGAGCCGGUUGCAGAGCACCUGGGCACUGAGCACGAAAGGCAGGGACGCGGCGGCGUGGAAAGGGGGCCUCAGGGGCCAGAGAGAGAAGCGGCUGGAGGGCCAGGCCCGGGGCUCGCCCAGCCUCGCCAUGGACCCCAAGAGAGGCCUGCCUUUUGCCGGCUUCUCACCACUGCUCUCCACGCAGCUGUUUCACUUCGGGAAGAGUGUCUCCUGGGGGGGGAAGCAGGCCAGCCUCUUCAGUCCCCCCCUGAGCCUGCCUCUGCAGGGCGCAUCCUUCUCGGCCUUCCGAGAGACCCAGGCUGGCCCAGUGUUCGGAAGCUCACACUUGCUGGUGAAGCAGGAGGGUGGCCGCUGGCCGCCCAGGAAGUCCCAGGCAGGGCUCAGUCUGCCCGACAGGAGGAACUCGGUGCCGGAGGAGAGCAUCUUAGACCUGCGGUACAGGCGGAGGGGGGUGGACAGAGACGGUGAAGACCAAGAGGCCCUGGGCAGCGAUGCCAGCGAGUUCAGCGAUGCGUCUGUGGAGGAGGGCGGCAGCCUCUUGGCCAAGGGCCCCGUCCUCCAGCUGUGAGCACGCUCCUGGCCGCGGCAAGUGUGGGCGAAGCAUGUGUGUGCCCGUCCCCACGUGUCACACACUCCUGAUGAAAGGGCGGAGCCCCGGAGGCCCCUGUACAGCCUGUAUAUAUGUACACUAACGCGAAAGGAUGUUUUUAUUUAACGGAUGUGUCCUGGUAAAUAUAAUUUUUGUAGGCUUUUUGUAAAUUAUUUAAAGUGCUGUAAAAAAUAUUUUUGGUGAAUACCAUUGUUGGAUUUUGUAGGGCGUCCCUCGGGGCAGCUUUCCGUGGUCUCCGCACUAGUCUCAGAUCAGCAAACACUUCGUUCCGACUGCCCCUGCACUUGGGGUUGAGCGCUGGUGGCCGUGGCCAGUCGUGGCCACAGUUCGGGCCCGAGGAAGGCAGCAGCUGGUGCCCCGCCUGAGACGUGCCAGAGCGCCCCAGCGGUCUUGGUUGGGACACCCCUGGACAGCACUUCUUACGUAAAAGAGGCCCGAGCAUGUCUUCAAUUGGAAAAGCGUUUCAAAGCACAAUGGCCAGCGAGCACACCGGCCAUGCCAGUUGCACGUAGGAGUCCUGAGUGAGAUCUCAGGGCCGGUCACCAGUUCACGCCUGAAGCCUGUGUUGUUUAACGGCCAGUCCUGUUCAAUCAUGACAUGAUGCUACCGGCUCAAUAAACCUAUUUUUAUACAGGAGCUGCCGUCCUUCGUUUUUAGUCACAGCUCUAAAAAGGUACCAGGCAGCCCGUGUGUUUUAAAUGCCCUUGUCCUGAUCUGGGCAAAGCAAAGAGGCAGCGGCUGCUUCAUGGGAUCUGGUGCCCGGAGUCCUGAGGACCGAGGACAAAGCCCACCGCCCUCCGGGAACUGGGCUCGCUGGGACUGUGCUCCACCAGCAGGGGCGUGCCCGUGCUCUCGGUGUGUUUGAGCGGCGGUGCCACGCACACAGGGAAGAGCGUGGCAUCCUAUACCUUGUGCUCUGAGGCUGCUGCGGUGCCCACAGCUACAGAAGAGGCAGGUGGGAACCUGCACACGUGAGGCUGAGCGCUGACGUUUACCCGCGAUCGUCCAGCAAACUGAUCGGCUGCCGCAGUUGUGACAACUCAUCAGUAGCUGCAGUGGGCCUGGAGCAAGGUUUAAUUUGCAGCUGAAGUUGUUAUUCUGAUGUGCAAAUGAAUUUUCUACAUGUUGUGCCCCCCUAGGUCUUAGCAGGAAUUCACUUCUGUACCCAAAUGGGGACGUGUGCCAGCACCCACAGUCAGUGUCCGCUGGGUCAGAUGCUGUGACGAGCAGGCCCUGUGGACUCCGUGACCGUCCGGUGCCUACGCGCUGUGCAUCCGAUAUUUCCGUUGUCGAAUAUUCAUUCACUUAAGUGCUUCCCGGAAAAACAAUUAAUUAAUCCAUGCUUUAAAUUUCAUUUAAUUUUGAAGGAGUGCUUUUAACACUUGAAAACAAAAAUCAGCUUGUUUUGUAUAUAAGAACUGGAUUUUUUGUUUUUUGUUUUUUUUUUAUGCUAAUAAAUCAGGCACUGCUCACAAAUCA